AAGAGCGAAUGUGAUCGCUCGGAAAAGAGUAGGCCUUAUGCAGCUAGCUGUCAGCGUCGUCACAGGGGACGGACCGGUUUUCGCUUCUUUAGCCGAAAGGACGUGUUUUUUUGCUGUGCUUUUAUUGGUAAACCAUUGCAGGCUCUAUCUGAUAGACAUAGGGUCCAGAAGAAGGAGAGCAUUUCAAGAUGGGGGACGAGGUCUCUCCUACAGAAUGGUGGCAAUCAAGACCUCCCCUCGACCGUAAGAAAGCGUCCACAGUGACCAUCGUGGCCUGCUCCAUCACGGGCGUGGUGCUCCUACUGAUCCUGGUGUACCUGGUGUACCGGGUCUAUAAGAAGCGAUGUGCCUACCAGGCCCCGUACGAAAAGAUCUACGGUCGUGGGGCGGGCGGGAAGGAGCACACCACCGUGGACAUGGACAGGAAGAACGUGCCACAACUCACUGUCAACUCCAGAAACGUCCAAGCGUUCGUGUUACCGAGCACGCCGCCGAAGAAGACCCGACAGUUCGACCGACCCGUCGUGUCGCCCCGAAUGGAAGGGACUUCGGGCGCACUCGGGGUGCCGAUCUAUCCCGACAGCGGCUCGGACUCGUCGUCGCCUCCAUCGAGGAGGUCCUCCACGGAGGGUCCUCAAAACAGUAUGUUUUCAUUGGGUGCGAUUGACCCCGACCUUUACAAGGCGACUCAGGACGAUUCGGAGACGAACUUUCCCGAAGACCACCUCGGGAGGGUUUGGUUCGCAUUGGAGUAUCAACGGGAGGCGGAGCGCUUACUGGUCAGCCUCAUCAAAAUAAAGAAUCUUCCAAGCCGCACACCGGGAAGCUCCAACGCCUGCGAUCCUUUCGUCAAGAUCUUCUUGUUGCCGGACGAGAGGAGAUUCGUGCAGUCCAAGUUCAAGAGGAAGACCACCAACCCCAAGUUCGACGAAAGUUUCGUCUUUCAGGUGUCGUACAAGGCCCUACAGACUCGCACCCUCCGGCUCACCGUGUAUGACGUAGACCGUCACAAGAAGCACAGGACUCUGGGUAACGUGCUGUACCCCUUCAAAGACUUCGACUAUGACGAUGGGCAGAAGAUCGUGCUGUGGAAGGACCUGGAGGAAAAAUCUAACAUGGAAACGUCGGAUCUCGGCGAGGUGCAGUUCUCGCUCACCUACAACAACCACCUGGAGCGGCUCACUGUGGUCGUGCUCAGAGCGAGGGGCGUCAAGAAACUGGCAGGGAUGGCUGCAGUAGAUUCCUGUGCGCGAGUAACACUAAUGAACAGCAACCAUGUACUGAAGACAAAGAAAACCAGCGUAGUCACCAACAGCAGUGACCCUCUGUACAACGAGAGCUUCAACUUCAAGCUAAGCCCCACGCAACUUGACACGUCCAGCUUGAGCGUUGCCAUAGUACAGGUCACCCCAGGAGACGAAGGAUCCGAACGGCAGGUUGGACGUGUAGUGGUCGGCCCAUUCAUGUACGCCCGCGGGAAGGAGUUAGAACACUGGACAGAGAUGGUCAACAACCAGAAAGACAUGGUCAAAAGAUGGCAUGCUCUCACACAGUGACGUCAUUCACCGCGGACUCCUCAUCGCCAGCUCUCGCGAGGGUACACGAGAACAUUUAGGAGCGUCGGCAGUUCUCGCGAGGGUAGACGAGAACGUUAGAGCCUCGCGAGAUUUUGAGAUUCAUGCACCUAAUGUCCUUAUAUUAAGAGCUUUAUGUCCUUAUAUUAAGAGCUUUAGAACCAAGGACCUUGAUCUGACCAGCCAGUGAGGACGUCAUAAGUGUUGUUGCUGUUUCAAAUUCAAAACCUUCGGAGGAAGCUCCAGACAAAUUUUUACGAAGUAGGCUCAGCCUCAGAGAGUCUCAGAGGCGUCGUGAAAAGAUUCAGGUUUACGUGUAACGGUGUAAGGCAAGUGUUAUAUCAUUUAGAAUGUUACUAGUGCUCUGAUUAUCAGACUUAUGCUCAGAAUAGUGUAAAUUGCCAUAUAGUCUGUCGUGUGUACGUGAAUCUUACAUGGAUAUACGGGUUUUCGUCACAACCCUAUAGUCAUUGACUACAGGCUGUAUAUGGCAAAGAAUAUAUUAUAUCAAUUCUAGACA